UGCAGGGAGCCUGAACGCUUCUGAGAUGAACAGGUCUUUUCUGCUGGUCUUGUGUCUAGUGACACUGUCUAAUGUACAGCUGGGACAGUCUCAAUGUGAUGUUGUGAGGAUUGCUGCAGCUGUGUAUGAAGUUGUAGGACCAGCUUUGGAGACUAUGCAGAAAGACAUGAAGAAUAUUAAGUCUGACAUGAAGAAUAUGAAGUCUGACAUGGCAAGCCUCAGCCAAAAGGUUGAUAAUUUCACACAAGAAGUUGAGAAUCUUGACACCAGACUGGGUUCUCUGAAUGAAUCAAUGAGAGAUGAUUUCAGUGGUGUUGAGAGAGGGUUAAAUGGUCUCAAUAGCACAGCCAACAUGAUAUGUGACAAGAUCAAAGAUCUUCCUGUUUACACAUGUGGAGGAACAUGGGGUUGGAGACGUGCAGUCUACCUGGAUAUGACAGACCCCAACACCAACUGUCCCUCUGGCUGGCAGCUCACUGGAUACUCCAAGAGAACUUGUGGCAGAGUUAGUAUUGGAUCUUUUACCUGUGACUCAGUCUUCUUCCCUGUCAGUGGAGGACCAUACAGUCAGGCGUGUGGUAGGAUCAGAGCCUACCAGUAUGGACUGCCUGAAGCCUUCUUGGGGUAUGGUGGACAAACUACAAUUGACAGUGCCUAUGUCAGUGGUGUGGCUGUAAUGCAUGGUAGUCCUCGACAACACAUCUGGACAUUUGCAGCUGGUGCAUGGGAGAAUGGUACAGCAUCAGGAGCCUAUAACUGUCCCUGUGACAUUAGUGCUAAUAAUAUACCCAUCCCAGCAUUUGUAGGGGAAGAUUUCUUCUGUGAGUCAGGGUAUGUGUAUCCUGGGUAUCGCAACACCACAGACUGGUACAGACUCCACUCCGAUGACACUCUCUGGGAUGGUGAAGACUGUCACUCCACCAGUACAUGUUGCUCUUUCCACAAUUCUCCAUAUUUCACCAAAACCCUCAACCAGACAACUACCGAUGACCUCGAACUGAGAAUGUGUUCAUAUUAUCCCAAUAGAAACGAGAUCAUAGCAGUGGAACUAGUUGACUUGUAUGUAAAGUAGCUAAAAAUAUAUUCGAAGUCCAUAAUGGACUAUUGUACCAAUACAAACUGGACUAUAUAGUGUUUCUGGAAACUAGUGU